CCUAUGUAUGAUGAAUGCUAGACAUGUAUUCACUGUUGUGUUGGUUGGGUCAGCUAUAUUCAUAACUAUGUAUUUUGGGAAUUUAGAGACAGUUCCAUAUACCAAGAGAAGCCACUGGAUUUUGUUAUCUAAAGCCAUGGUGAGGCAACUUGGGGAGGCUGAAUUCGAGAAACUGAAGGCGAGUUUCAAGGGAAAGAUCUUGCCUGCCAUACACCCUGAGAGUAUGACGAUAAGGAUGAUAUCAAUGGAAAUCAUUGAUACCUUGCAGAGAGGGUUGAGCAAGGAACAAGUUUGGAAUGAUGUUGGUUAUGCAUCAGCACAUGUCACAGGGUUUGAAGGGCAUACUGAGGAGACUUUGAAAUCGUUGAGUAAUUCUAGUGCUGAUGGUAAGGCAGAAAGUGGUUGGCACAAGGAAGAUGAAAUCCUUGAUGACAGUUGGGUUCAGCAAAGUAGAAAGAAAGGGCCAGCUACCUCGCAUCUCGAUGGAUUGAAUUGGGAGGUGCUUGUUGUCAAUGAUUCGGUUGUCAAUGCCAUUUUGCUACCUGGUGGAUGGAAAUGGAAGCUGAUUACAUUGGCCUGCUCUUAAUUGCUUCUGCCGGAUAUGAUCCACGGGUGGCGCCCGCAGUGUAUCAGAAACUGGGAGAAGUCAACGGUGACUCGGCACUUAUGGAUUAUUUCUCCACUCAUCCAUCUGGAAGAAAGAGAGCAGGGUUGCUCUCCCAGGCCAAAAUAAUGGAAGAAGCAUCCACUAUAUAUAAGAAUGCUAGGUCUGGAAGAUGUAUUGAAGGAUUUCUUUAGCAGAACUUAUAUUGCCACACCAGAAUCAACAAAGAACCUGUAGAUGAAACUUAAAAGAAUUCUGUUUUAGCCAAAAGAAAAGCUAGACAAUUUUCUGUAUGAUGAAUUUUGUCAACAAUUUAGUUUCAUAGAUAGAUGUUUGUUACGUAAAGUGUUAAUUGCACAGCGCUUCAAAGAAAAUUAUUGAUUAGAUCAUCUGUUCUAACAUCUCAAAGGUGUUUCUAAGGUAGAAGGGACUAUUUUUUCAUGUGUUCA